AUCUGCAUCUCGACCUCUGGCUCCCGACAGUGUUGCAGUACACGCCGCUCUCUGGUCCUGUCCUGCCCUGUCUUGAGCUGUCCUGUCGUCGCCGGAUCGUUGUUGGCGCUUAGCCUCGACGCGCUUCUUUGUUCCUGCGAGGCACCGCAGAGCCAGCAAACAGCUAAUUACAAGUAUCCGUGGCUGCCCAGCCUCCACGUCGACAGCACUCAUUGUUUCCCGUGCUCUCUGCCCAGCUCACUCUGCACCUCUCGUGUUGACGCAAAAGUCGUCCUUUUCCUUGUUCACUUUCCUUCGUCAUUGCCAAACACGGCACGUAAUCAUCAUCCGCGCCCUGUCAAUCUGCGUUGAUCGCUUGACACCUCGGCCAGUCUCACUCAUACAUACAGGCUUCUUCUUCGUCGACAUAUACCAUUUCCAAGGCAGCCACGACUUAUACACGCUUCUGUCUUUCUUUCCAAAUCAAUCGACCCUCGUCUCACCGCAACCAUCGCCACCAUGAUGCUCAAGUCGGCUGUCAAGACCUUUGGCAAGGGCGCUGCCACCAAGCCCCUGUUCGUGUACGAGACGAUGGCCCGCUGGAUCGCUCGUGGCAUUCAGUUCGUAUUUGCCCUCAUCGUCUGCGGCCUCUACGGCAGCCGCGUCGCUUCAGACUCGCGCCACGGCCUCGGCCAGGACCCGGCCUGGGUCUUCGCCCUCUUCGUCGCCGGCACGUCCUGCAUCACCUGCGUCAUCUUCGCCAUUCCCCAGCCAUUCAUCAAGACCCAUCGUCUCUUCCCCUGGGAUCUCCUGCUCCUGCUGUUUUGGAUCAUCGUCUUUGGCAUCUUCGCCAGCACCUUUCUCACCAAGCCAGACGACCUCAAAGAGUAUGAGGGCACCAGCGUCUCGGUCAUGAAGGGCGCCGUCUGGGUGGACCUGGUCAACUGCAUCUUCUGGGCCAUCACCGGCGGCUACGGCUGCUUCCGCUCGUUUGUCGGCGACAAGAUCAACAACAAGAUCGACCACAAGCUCGAUGACCUCGAGGGCGCCAUCAGCGACAAGGUUGACGGCUAUGUCCCCGGGGGCUUUGCCAAGGCGGAACAGGCUCACGGCAAGUACGGCCAUAUUGUUCCCAAGGUGCUCCCCAAGAUCCUGGACAAGGUUCACCUCAAGCGAUGAACCUGCUGGGCUUGCGAUACGGGGUUAGUGUUCCAUGUCAGCUGUUCGGCGGACGCGUGUCUUCUUUUUCUGUGGUCGCAUCGCACUCUUUUCUAGCAUUGUUACAUGUCCAUGGCGAUAUGCGCCGGAUUUUCGUUUACUUGUUUCAUCGGGACGGCGUAUGGUGUUUCGCUUUACAAUAUAUAUAGUUCUCAGGUUGAGAAGCUUCCGAAUGGGGCACAAAGACAUCGCUUCUGCACAACAGCAAAGCAAUCGAACCCAAGUACAUCUUAAUGCAUUUUUACUUCGUUCUUCGGCA